UAAUUUAUCCAUUUUUUGCCCCUCAGAUCUCCAAAUUCCUUCAUGUCAUAAUCUUCUUCCAUUUUUCUUGAAUUUCAGAUUCUUUCUCAAGCUUUCAUAAUGUGAAUUUCGAUUUCCAUGUCACUCACCUCAUUCUCCGAGUUCAACUCGCUUGCAUUUUCAUCUACUCUUCAGUUCUUACACUUCUUCUACAGCUAUGAGGUUCUGGCCAGAGCUUGAUUUUCUACUCUGAACCAGUUGCCGGCGGAGGCUUUGCCGGAUAUAGGCGAAGAUGUUCAAGUCGGCAAGAUGGAGGAGUGAGAAGAAUAAGGUUAAGGCGGAGUUUAAGUUGCAGUUUCAUGUCACUCAGGUGUCACAGUCAGUGGUAGAUGCAUUGACGUUAUCCGUGGUUCCUGGAGACGUGGGAAAACCAACUGCAAGACUGGAUAAAGCUACAGUUCGUGAUGGAAGCUGCAAGUGGGAAAAUCCAGUUUAUGAAACAGUCAAGUUUGUACGGGACACCAAAACUGGGAAAAUCAAUGAGAAAAUCUAUUAUUUCCUCGUCUCAAUGGGACGGGCAAAAUCCAGGGUGUUUGGGGAGGUUUCUCUCAACUUAGCUGAUUAUGCGGAUGCCACAAAGUCCUCUUCCGUUUCUCUUCCCCUAAAGAAUUCGAAUUCUGAUGCAGUUUUGCACAUUUCGAUACAGAAGUUGCAGGCUAAAACUGAGCCAAGAGAGGUGGAAGAUUUUGACGAUGUCAGUGUUGGAUCCCAGGGAACAAACUUGAAAACAUAUUUGAGUAAUGGUGAUAUAGAUGAAAGCACGAAAAGCAAUUAUACUGAAGACGAGCAGAUUAGCAAGAGCCCUCAUGAUUUUGAACUAAAUGGUGGCUGUAGAGCAUCAAGUGGAUCUGAUAUUACGUUAUCAAGUUCUGAGAGCAGCUCUGGACUUGAUACUCCACGAGAACAUAGAGCGAGAAACAAUAACCAUCUUCAACCUGUUUGUUUAUCAUCAAUUCCUCAUAAACCAGUGACAUUUCUUUCAACGACCACUGAUAAGGAGAAUCAAAGAUCACAAUCAGUGUGGUCCCUUGGUUCCGAUCAUGGAGUAAGCAUAGAUGAAUCAUCAGAUGAUAUGCCUCCCAGAGAAAGGUCUGGACCAGUUGCCAGGUCUGAGAAAGUUGCAGAUAUCGAGAUUGAAAAGCUUAAGGCUGAGCUUGUUGGCUUUUCCAGGCAAGCAGAAGUGUCAGACUUGGAACUACAGACACUUCGAAAGCAAGUUGUGAAAGAAAGUAAAAAGGGACAAGAGCUGUCAAGAGAAAUUGUCAUUUUGAAAGAGGAGAGAGAUUCACUCAGGGUGGAAUGCGAGAAACUCAGGGCCAAAUCCGAAAACAAGAUGCAGUUGGAGGAUAAGAAAACGGAGUUUCUUCUGGAAGAAAUGAAGGAAGAAUUAAACCAUGAGAAGGAGUUAAAUGUAAACCUUCAACUACAACUCCAGAAUACCCAGAAAUCUAAUGAUGAGUUGAUUCUUGCAAUGCGAGACCUAGAGGAAUUACUAGAGCAGAAAAAUGGUAAAAGAGACCAUCUCGGUGACAGAUUAAGAUUUUCUCAGGAUGCUGAAGAGUUAUGUAAUACUAUCUCAAAGUAUGAAUCUGAGGAUGAUGAAGAGCAGCAGGCAUUGGAAAAGCUUGUUAAGCAGCAUAGUAAUGCAAAUGAAACAUACCUUCUGGAACAAAAGGUCAUUGACCUAUACAGUGAAGUAGAAUUCUACAAGAGAGAAAAGGAUGAAUUAGAAAUGCAUAUGGAACAACUUGCACUUGACUAUGAAAUACUGAAACAGGAAAAUCAUGGCAUGUCAUAUAAACUGGAGCAAUGUGAACUGCAAGAGAAACUCAACAUGAAAGAAGAAUGCAUACCCUCUGCUCACAUAGAAGAGCUGGAAACCUACGUAGAACACUUGGAUAAGGAACUUAAGCAGCGGUCCAAAGACUUCUCUGAUUCUUUGAGCACCAUACAAGAACUUGAAGCCCAUAUCCAGGCUUUGGAGGAAGAACUGGAGCAGCGAGCUGAAAGAUUUGAAGCUGAUCUAGAAGGUAUGACACGUGCCAAAAUUGAGCAGGAGCAAAAAGCCAUCCUAGCAGAGGAGGCCUUGAGGAAGACAAGGUGGAGAAAUGCUAAUGCAGCUGAGAGGCUUCAAGAAGAACUCAAAAGGCUUUCAAUGCAGAUAGCCUCGACGUUUGAUGCAAAUGAGAAGGUAGCUGCUAAAGCACUAGCCGAAUCAAUCGAGCUGCAAUUGCAGAAAGCUCAAUUAGAUGAAAAGCUUGAGUCUGCUAAUAAAGAGCUUCAGUCAGCUAAGAAGGACUAUGAGGCGAAGCUCCAUGAACUCUCAAACGUCAUAGAUUUGCAAACAAGCCAGAUCGAACAGAUGUUUUUAGAACUUCAUACGAAAUCCAAGCUGCUUGAAGAACAGGAGAUUCAGAAAAAGGUUUGUGAAUCUCUCUCUGGGGAGAUUUUGUUGCUCAAGUAUGAAAUUGAAAGGCUCACAACAGAAAAUAGGUCACUCAAGGAAAGCGAGAGCUUGAUCCAGAACAAAAACAUGGAAAGAAAUGAGCUUGUAACAACAAUUGCUUUGAUUAUGAAAGAAUGUGAGAAGUUUCAAAAUGAAUUAAAUAGAAUAAGACAUUUGAAGGAUGAAUGUGAGAUAUCAGUCGGAUGUCUACAAACAGAGUUGGAGGUGCUCAGAGAUCACUGCAGUGACUUAAAACAUUCUUUGGUCGAAGAGGAGAUAGAGAAAGAUAAACUUAGACAUCAGGUAUUUCAGCUAAAUGAUGGCCUAAAGAAGGCGAAAGAAUACAAUGGUAUUGACAUGCCCUGGUAUAGCGAGGAACACACAUCAGCUUGUGAUGGAGUUCAAACUUCUACAGAUUCUCCUAUGAAAAGUAGCCCGAAGGAAGUUGCAGCUCUAAGGGACAAAAUUGAGUUGCUUGAGAGACAGAUAAGUUUGAAAGAAGAUGCCAUAGAAACUCUAGCAAGUAGGAUUUCAGAAAAGGCGAUGGAUUUUCAGCACACAAUUGAAGAUUUGGAGAGCAAAUUGGAAGUUGUUCCAACUAGCACAUUCCAAGGGGUAAAUGGAUGUAGAAGCAAUAUUAGCUGGACCAGUGGUAUGUCCAAGGAUACAGUGGUGAACCAAGGCCAAAACACAAUCUCUUCAUCAACCAUAGAAUAUGAGAAUACAGUGUCAGUUGGCAGGAAUGAUAGAAUUUCAGCAGAAAAAGAACCGAAAGCCUACAAACUUGAUAACAGAGACGACAACUGUGACAACUUUUCAACAGAAUUAGCAUUAUUGAGGGACAGAAACAAAUUAAUGGAAAGUGAACUAAAGGAAAUGCAAGAGAGAUAUUCAGAGAUAAGUCUCAAGUUCGCAGAGGUAGAAGGUGAAAGACAACAGCUUGUAAUGACUCUACGCAGUCUUAAGCAUCACAAGAAGAUUUAGUAAUUAUUUCGUAGCAUUAUAUAGAAAAAGUAUACACUUCACGUAGAUGAAGUAGCGUGAUACCACACAAGACAUUCUGUUAGAGUGAAUAAAUAAUUUGUUUGUAAAUUAUUUAGCCCCCUCCCCCACCCACUAGAACAGAAAAGGAGGAAAAACAAAAAAAAAAAAAAAGAGGAAAAAAGGAAAGCCAGAAAUGCCAUUAUCUGGCAUUAUCUGUCCGAUCGAGUCAAAUAUUUUUUGGUCCAUUCAACUUUUCUUUAUUUAUUUUAAAAUUCUGUAAUUAUCUUUCAGGGCUUGUCAUGAAAUACACGAGGUUUUUUUUA